AUAAAAAUAAUUCUAAGAGGCAAAGGCCAAAACGAGAGAGAGAGACCGAGGGAGCUUCUGUAGAAUCGAAGAGGCGAUAAAUCCAUGGACUCUCCUCCAUCGCAAUUCUUCCCCCUCCCCUCUCUUGCCGUUCAUGGUGUUUGUUGGCUGCUCUUCUCUGUAUGGGAGGUUCAACUCCAAAAUGCCCGCCAGACAAGGAGGAGGACUCAGAUGCUCCGCUACAGUUUCUGGCAUUUUACCACAAAGCCAUACGCGAGGAGCUCCUCAGUCUCCACGGAUUGGCCGUAACUGCCUUGGAGAGCGGGUCUCCUUCUCCGGAGACAGUACGCCAACUCGAUCGAAGAUUCAAGUUCCUCGAGCUUGCUGAAAAGUACCAUUCCGCUGCGGAGGAUGAGGUCCUCUUUCUAGCACUAGAUCAUCACAUAAAAAAUGUGGUGUGUAAAUAUUCACUUGAACAUAAAAGCAUUGAUGGCCUCUUUGGCUCAGUUUUUGGUUGCUUGAAUGCAUUGAUGGAUGGGAGUGACAAUGUCAUCAAGCUAUUUCAAGAACUUGUCAUUUGCAUUAGCACUUUACGGACAUCAAUUGAUGAGCAUAUGGUGAAAGAAGAACAGCAGAUUUUUUCAUUGUUUACGCAGCAGUUCACUUUCAAAGAACAGGUCUCACUUGUAUGGAAAUUUGUUUGUAGCAUUCCUGUAAUUGUGCUAGAGGAUUUAUUGCCAUGGAUGAUAUCGUUUUUCUCACCAGAAGAACGAAUCAAGGUUAGGCAUUGCAUGAGGGAGAUUGUUCCUAAGAAUAAAUUUCUGCAAGAGGUGGUUAUCUCUUGGCUUGAUAAAAAUCAUGGAUCCUCUUCUGAGGUGUAUACUAUGAGUGGAAAUGUAGAUACAGAUGGACCUGUAAAUAUUAAAAAAAUACUCAGACAGUGUACCUUUGAAAGAAGUUCGGGCAAAAGUCAUAAAUGGAAUGAAGUACAUUCAAUCCAAACCGAUGUUAAACAUGAUCCACUUGACAUUUGUCAUCAUUGGCAUAUUGCCAUCUGUAAGGACUUGAAAGAAAUUCUGGGAGAGUUAUAUCAAGUGGUAAAUUUGAGCAGUUUUCUGAAUCUAGGCUCAUUGGUUGUCCGGCUGAAAUUCCUCGCAGAUGUACUCGUCUAUUACAGCAAUGCAUUGAAGAGACUCUUUUACCCCUUAUCAAAUGAACUUGCCAAUGGACAACUCUCCAUUGACGGUCGUAUUGAGAGUCUACAAUAUUUGUUGCACACUAAAACUAAUAAUAGUUUACCCUUGAGCAAGUUCGUGGAAAUGCUUUGUCAGGAGCUUAAGAAGUUUGUGAAGGGAGUUAGCAAACUUUUCACUUUUCUAGAAAACAAGGUACUUCCCAUUAUUUGCAGUAACUGCAGCUGUGAUAACCAGCUCCAGCUUCUCUAUAGAAGCCUUCAUGUGAUGCCACUUGGGUUGCUAAAGUAUGUCAUUACUUGGUUCUCAUCUCAUUUAUCAGUGGAUAAGUCAACGUCCAUUAUUCACACCAUAAAUCAAGGAGAUUUUUUAGUUCACGAAGCCUUUUCCUCCCUUUUACUAGAAUGGUUCCACAUUGGUUACACAGGGAAAACCUCUACUGAAAAUUUCACGAAGGACUUGCAGAAAAUGUUCAAAAGCACCUGUUCAUUUUCAUGUGAGCAAAUCAAGGAAGAGGCUGGAUCUUCUUCCUCACACUUAUAUAUCCACCCUUGUAGGGGGUCUAAUUCCAGUUUAGUGGAACCGCUUGCUGCGGACGAGGGAAAAAUUUCUCUGUCUUCUUUAUCCUCAAGCUCCCACACUGUUCAUCCAUACGAGAUGGCAUACUCUAGUAGAAUCCAUCUUCAUAUAUUCUUCCCAGGAACAUUAGGAAUAUUGCAGUCCUGCAUGAAAUCCUCCAAUGGAACGAGAAGUAGGCCUUCCAUCGUCAAAGAACCAACUCCAAUAGAUCUCAUAUUUAUCUUCCACAAGGCUCUAAAGAAAUAUUUGCAGUAUUUUGUCUCUGGUUCAGGAAAGUUAGCUGAAAACGAUGGGUUUCUGGCGGAGUUCCACAAAAACUUCCAUCUCACAAGAUAUCUAUAUCAACUCCAUAGUGAUGCAGAGGAUGAAAUUGCAUUUCCAGCUUUGGAAGCAAAGGUAGACCUCCAAAACAUUAGCCAAUCCUACACAAUUGAACACAAGCUGGAAGUUGAAUACUUCACCAAGGUAUCGCUCAUUUUGGAUGAAAUUUCUGACUGGCAAGCUUUGAAUUCUGAUGUUGAUUUAAGUAGUAUUGAUAAGAGAAUGGUAAAACACCAUCAGCUGUGUUUGAAGCUCCAGGAGAUGUGCGAAUCCAUGUGUAAACUACUCACAGACCAUCUUCAUCAUGAAGAAACUGAACUCUGGCCUUUAUUUAGAGAACACUUUUCUGCUGAGGAGCAAGAAAAGAUCAUAGGACGCAUGCUUGGGAGAACAAGAGCAGAAAUAUUACGAGAUUUGAUACCGUGGCUAAUGGCCUCUUUAACACCUGAAGAACAGCAUGCCAUGAUGUUCUUGUAUCGUAAGAUUACAAGAAAUACAAUGUUUGAUGAAUGGUUAGCAGAAUGGUGGGAUGGGUAUGGCACAGCUAAGGUGGCAAGGGAGGCAAAUAUAUCUCCUUCAGACACUAAAGACCCAUUGGAAAUUAUCUCGACAUAUUUAUCAAAAGUUUUCGAUGAGAAAGGAGGCAUCCUCUGCGGUGAAGGCUUUGAUUCAACUCAGGAAGAUUGUUCUGGUGCUAAAACUGAGCUACUUGGAAAGUUUAGUUUUGAUGAUAAAAAAGAAGAGCAUGAUGGACAUCUAAGCUGCAACGAAUCAUCUGAAUGUGCAGAACUUUUCAAUGAGGAUGAAAGGUGCAAAGAAGUGGCAUCUGCCACUUCUCAGACAGAAAAACCAACCCAACCUUCUCUGAGAACUCAGAAAUCUGGGCAUCAUGAGUGCAUUCAGACAAUGAGUCAAUAUGAUGUAGAGGCUGCAAUAAGAAGAGUAUCUCGUGACACAUCUUUAGAUCCUCAAGAAAAAUCAUACAUGAUCCAGAAUCUGUUAACAAGCCGUUGGAUUGUUAGGCAGCAAUUGUCUCAUCCAGAGCAAAACGGAUCAAGUAAUGGGGAAGAAAUACGUGGUCAGUGUCCAUCUUAUCGAGACUCUCUCAGAGCAACCUUUGGUUGCCAACAUUAUAAAAGGAACUGUAAGCUUGUUACUGCCUGUUGCAACCAGCUCUACACCUGCAUUCGUUGCCAUGAUGAGGUUGCUGAUCAUCUGGUUGAUAGGAAAUCUGUCACGAAGAUGAUGUGUAUGGAAUGCUUAAUUAUCCAGCCUAUUGGACCUAAAUGCUCAACAGCCUCCUGCAAUAGUUUAUCCAUGGCAAGAUAUUAUUGUCGAAUCUGCAAAUUGUUUGACGAUGAUAGGGAAAUCUAUCACUGCCCUUACUGCAACCUCUGCCGAGUAGGUAAGGGAUUGGGUAUUGACUACUUCCAUUGUAUGAAAUGCAAUGCUUGCAUGUCACGGUCUCUCUCAGUUCACAUAUGCAUAGAGAAAUGCUUGGAGGAUAAUUGCCCCAUUUGUCAUGAAUAUAUCUUCACUUCAAGCUCUCCAGUAAAGGCCCUUCCUUGUGGUCAUUUGAUGCACUCAGCUUGUUUCCAGGACUACACAUGCACUAACUAUACCUGUCCAAUUUGUAGCAAGUCACUUGGGGAUAUGCAGGUAUACUUUAAGAUGUUGGACACAUUGUUGGCAGAGGAGAAAAUGCCAGAUGAGUACUCUGGCCAAACUCAGGCCAUACUAUGCAACGACUGUGAGAAGAAAGGCAAUGCUCCAUUCCACUGGCUUUAUCACAAAUGCUCAUACUGUGGCUCCUACAACACAAGGCUUCUAUGACACAAUUCUUCUCUGGUGUGGAUAAAGUGAGCUUUAAAUGACUGCUUCUCGUUCACCUUUUUUCAUUUUACUUGGGCAAGUGUGCGUUGGGGCGGGGGGCCGAGUGGCGAAUAAGACAUUAUUUGAAUUUCAUGAUUCAUUAUAAUAAAAAAAAUUUCUUUUCGCC